UCAAUGCACAUUUCUCUGAUUAAAAACCCUAAUUCUUUAUAUCUGGAGCUCCUCCCCCAUCCCUCUGCCAACCGGUCUUUCAGAUUUAUCAUUUCCAACUUCCCCAUCUCUCUUUUCUCUUUCAGUUUAGGGUUAGAUUCAAUGGAUGCUGAGAUGGUGAAACCAUUAACAGAAGAUCACAUGGACAUGAUGGAAAUGAUGAUGCAACUGGAAGAAAAGCUUCCCAAUUUCAGUGAGCCUGCUUUCCACUUCUCCAAUGGUAAUUCAAGCUCCACUAUCCUACCAAGUUACCCGAACCCGAAUACAUUGAUGACCCUGCCUUCCUCUUUAUCAUUCAUUGGAAAUGAAAAUGGCAGUAACCUUGUUCAAGAACUCAUGACUCCACCUCCUUUGAACAAUGCAAAUUCAUUUUCUUGUUCAGGAGAUAAGAAGAACUCCAUGGCAGCAAUGAGGGAGAUGAUAUUCCAAAUAGCAGCGAUGCAGCCUGUUCAUAUAGACCCGGAAUCCAUUAAGCCACCAAAGAGAAGAAACGUUAAGAUCUCAAAGGAUCCACAGAGCGUGGCGGCCAGGCAUAGGAGAGAACGGAUAAGCGAGAGGAUAAGGAUUCUGCAGAGACUUGUUCCUGGAGGCACCAAAAUGGAUACGGCGUCGAUGUUGGAGGAGGCUAUUCAUUACGUCAAAUUCUUGAAGAGACAGGUGCAGUCCUUGGAACAAGCUUCUGUUGACAAGCCGAUGGGUGCUGCUUGGAUUCCGAGUGCAACAGUGGCUAAUAUGGGCUACAGCUCUUCUUUGGUGAAACCUUGCCACCCAUCUCAUCCUCAUCAUCAAGCUGUGGGCAGUAUGCAGAUGCUUAGAUAAGAGAUAAGAGUUUGGAAUUUGUUGAUUCCUGUAAUGGCUCGCUUGUGAUGCCUUUGGUUGUUAUUAA